GGUAGCGGGCGGAGGCUGCGCAGGCGCAGUGCUACCAACUGCACGGUCACGAGAUCGUCGCUUCCUUAUCAUCAGCUGAUACCGGAUGAGACUCACUCGCCGAUAGAUCGGUCAAUUGCUGCGGGUUUUAUUUUACCACCCAACUAAGUUAAAUUUUAGAACGAAACGGGCACAUAAAGGGGCAGCAGGAUGGGGGCGAUGUUCCGAAGUGAGGAGAUGGCCUUGUGCCAGCUCUUCAUCCAGCCAGAGGCGGCAUACACCUCCGUAUCGGAGCUGGGCGAAGCCGGCACCGUGCAGUUUCGAGACUUGAAUCCGGAAGUGAACGCGUUCCAGCGUAAAUUCGUCAAUGAGGUCCGCCGCUGUGACGAGAUGGAGCGCAAGCUUCGGUACAUCGAGGCCGAGGUGCACAAAGAUGGCGUCCAUGUGCCACAAGUUAAAGAGCCGCCUCGCGCUCCCAACCCGAGGGAAAUCAUUGAUCUUGAGGCUCACUUGGAAAAGACAGAAAACGAAAUCCUUGAGCUUUCCCAUAACGCCGUGAACCUGAAACAGAACUACUUGGAGCUCACGGAGCUUCGUCACGUCCUUGAGAAGACAGAGUCUUUCUUCAGCGCGCAAGAAGAGUUCGGCAUGGAUUCCCUAACCAAAUCGCUGAUAUCAGACGAGACUGGCCAGCAAGCCGCUAACCGGGGUAGACUAGGCUUCGUAGCCGGCGUGGUCCAGCGGGAACGAGUGCCGGCCUUCGAGCGGAUGCUCUGGCGCAUUUCCCGCGGGAACGUGUUUCUGCGACGCGCUGAACUGGAUAAGCCUUUAGAGGAUCCUAUCAAUGGUAACGAGAUCUACAAGACCGUAUUCGUAGCGUUCUUCCAAGGCGAACAACUAAAAUCCCGUAUCAAGAAAGUGUGCACUGGAUUCCACGCCUCCCUAUACCCGUGCCCGCCUUCCAACGCCGAGCGACAGGACAUGGUCAAAGGAGUGCGCACUAGGCUCGAAGACCUUAAUAUGGUGUUGAACCAAACCCGGGACCACAGACAGCGAGUCCUGGCCAGCGUUGCCAAGGAACUGGCCAGCUGGUCUAUCAUGGUGCGCAAGAUGAAGGCCAUAUACCACACUCUUAACCUGUUCAAUAUGGACGUCACUAAAAAAUGUCUGAUCGGGGAAUGUUGGGUUCCUACCGCUGAUCUGCCUAACGUGCAGAAGGCGUUGGCUGAUGGAUCGAACGCAUGCGGCAGUUCAAUCCCCUCGUUCCUGAACUGCAUCGCCACGGACGAGGAGCCGCCGACCUUCAACCGCACCAACCGGUUCACGCGCGGCUUCCAGAACCUCAUCGACGCGUACGGAGUCGCCUCCUACCGGGAGGCUAACCCUGCCCUGUACACCAUCAUCACUUUCCCAUUCCUGUUCGCGGUGAUGUUCGGAGACUUGGGUCACGGCGCCAUCAUGGCCCUAUUCGGCGCUUGGAUGGUCUGCAAAGAAGUCUCCCUUGCUGCCAAAAAAUCUAACAACGAAAUCUGGAAUAUUUUCUUCGCCGGACGCUACAUCAUUCUUCUUAUGGGCUGUUUCUCUAUGUACACCGGAAUCAUGUAUAACGAUAUAUUCUCGAAAUCUAUGAACAUAUUUGGGUCUUCCUGGACAGUCCCGUAUGACAACGAGACAUUGGAACAUAACACCGCUCUGACGCUAGACCCUAAAGAUGCAUAUUUGGGCGAGCCUUACUUCAUUGGUGUUGACCCUAUUUGGCAGACGGCCGACAACAAGAUCAUCUUCUUGAACUCGUACAAAAUGAAACUGUCCAUCAUUUUCGGCGUGGUGCACAUGAUUUUCGGUGUCUGCAUGAGUGUAGUUAACUUCAACUUCUUCCGCCGCCGCUACUCAAUCUUCUUGGAAUUCCUUCCGCAAGUGGUGUUCCUGUGCCUUCUCUUCGCGUACAUGGUGUUCAUGAUGUUCUACAAGUGGGUUGUCUACAGCACAACCAAUACUGACCAAGCAUACACACAAGGCUGUGCGCCCUCCGUCCUGAUUCUCUUCAUCAACAUGAUGUUAUUCUCGAGCACUGAACCCGAGCCCGGCUGCAAAGAGUUCAUGUUCGAAGGCCAAGGGUCACUGCAACGCAUCUUUGUACUGAUAGCUCUGUGCUGCAUCCCCGUAAUGUUGCUGGGCAAACCACUGUACCUGAUGAUGGCUAGCAAGAAGAAGCAUAAGGAGGAGGAAAAGCCGGAACGAUCCAACGGCAGCGUGAACCAAGGCAUCGAGAUGCAAGAACAGACGGAAAUCGACGGGCAACCAGGCCAACCGCAACCCAAGUCCGAGGCCAAAGCGUCCAGUUCACACGAAGAGGAGCCCUUCUCCGAAGUGAUGAUCCACCAAGCCAUACACACGAUAGAAUACGUGCUCAGUACAAUCUCUCACACUGCCUCGUACCUCCGACUGUGGGCGCUGUCGCUUGCCCACGCUGAACUGUCGGAGGUGCUCUGGAACAUGGUGCUGACCUUCGGGCUGAAGGACGAGGGCUACGUGGGCGGCGUGAAGCUGUACGUGGCGUUCCUGUUCUGGUCGCUGUUCACGCUGGCCAUCCUCGUCAUGAUGGAGGGGCUCUCCGCCUUCCUCCACACGCUGCGAUUGCAUUGGGUGGAGUUCAUGAGCAAAUUCUACGCGGGUCUGGGCUACAUUUUCCAGCCGUUCUGCUUCAAGACGAUCCUCGAACAAGAAGAGGGAGGAGAUUAAGAAGUAUUAUCUUCCACGUAGAUUAGAGAAAGGGAAACGCAGUCACAAAUUAAAACAUAGUGCAUAUUGAA